AUGGGGCGUUUGGCCUGUGUCAGCCUAUGUUUGCUUGGCUUCUUCAUGAGAGCCGUUGAAGCGGAUCGCUGCCCCAGGGGAUGGCUGCAGUACCAGGGCAACUGUUAUGGGUUUUUCCACAACAAGUUGAGUUGGCAUGAAGCUGAGAUUGAGUGUCAGAGUUACGGUCGUGGGACCCACCUCGCAUCCAUUCUUGUCAGGGCAGAAACUCUGAUGGUAUCCAAACAUAUCUCCACUGACAAGAAAGAAACAGGGGUUGACGUUUGGAUUGGACUCCAUGAUACUCACCAGAAUGGGAACUGGAGGUGGUCCGAUGAGUCCUCCUACAACUACAACAACUGGAUGCGAGGGGAGCCCAACAACCUCUGGAAUUCCGAGUACUGUGUGGCUUUGAGGGCUUCCACAGGGUAUAAGAGAUGGAUUGAUGCUGUUUGCAAGAAACAUAAAGCCUACAUCUGCAAACAUGAGAUGUAG